AUGCUUCGGCAGCAAUAUGUUUAUUCUCCACCGAAAACUCUCCCAGGCUUCACUAAUACGCGACGCCAAAGCGAUACAGCACUCCAAUGUGCACAGCAAGAUAUCAUUAAAAUGAAAAAAGCUGUUUUAAAUUUAGAAGAAACAGGAAAUACUUUGCUCUCAAAGAUUCCUGGUGACUUAACUAAAACAGUAGAUAGUUUAAUGGCACAAACAGAUACUCUUUCUACUCGUGUUAAAGAUUAUGAUCCAAAAUUAAUCGAAAGAACUUUCGAAAAACUUGAGGACAUGUAUUCAUACACACAAAAGCUUGUGGAUAAGGACUGUACAGAAUCGGAAGCUCCAGAGCAGUCAACAACUUUCAUAAAUGACUUUUCAAGAGAUAUUGCAAAUCGUUUGAUACAAGAAACACAGAAUCUCGAAACAAAUAUAUCAAUGUUUAUCGAUAACCAACUUAAAACUCUUCAGAAGAAAGAAAAACCAAAACUAAAACUUCAAGCUCCAGUUUUUGCAACAACUAAGCCAAUUCCACCGAAAGUUUUGAAGUUACCACGUCCAGAGAAUGGACCAAUAAACAAUGAGUUGAUUAAACAAACGAAUCAGCUUGAUGAACUUACAAAAUCUGUUACCGAUAAAUCAAACAAGUAUAAACCAUCGAAAAUCAAAUACGAUAGUAACAGUGUCCUCCAGCAGCUACAAGAGGAUAAAACAAAGCUGUCAUUUGUUAAAAAUUUCCUAGAAAUGUACUCAAUUGAAUCAAAAUCUGCUCCAAAGGAAGAAAUUCAACAACCAGAAGUAGUUGCUGAAGGCAAACAGUUUGUAGAUUAUCGCAAGUUCGAAGAAUUCAAGCAAUCAGCAGAAAACUACAUAGAAGACAUGAAAUUAAAUCUUGAAGACAACAAACAGCGCUUAACGGCUAGGGCAGAAGAACUUAAGAUGCAGCUAAUGGAGCAGCAAGCGAAACUCACUGAAUUCGAUGACGUUGUUCAAGCGUUGGAGGAUAAAAUCACUUAUCUUCAAUUUAAGGCUGAUAAUAUAUUAAGCAACACAGUUAAGAAUACAGAAAGCGCUUACGUUGUAGUUAAAGGAAUUAACUUCUAUUCAGAAGAACUUGAAUCCAAUGCAAAUGCAAUUUUAUCUCAUAUUGAAGAUCAAUCUCAUAGGCUGGAGCUUGACCUACCUCUUUAA